AUGCCUCUCCCGCCCGAAGCCGCGAAACUCUUCCACCCGAAGCAGAAGAAGGGCCAGCUCGCAAAGGUGGCGGCCAAGCGCCCGCCCGCCGGCUCGCAGACGAAGCCCGCCUCACCCGCCGGCUCUGCUGCACCGUCUCCCACGCCACCCAAAGCCGCACCGUCGCCCAAGCCCGCGACGACGGCCGAGGAGGAGGCGGGAUUCCCGGCUGGAAAUGAUUACCAGGAAUUCUCGAUCGUGUCCUCGUCGCUGAAUGGCUGGAAAUACGACGUCAUGCGCUUCGAGUCGCGCAAGCCGGUGGACGUGACACAGUGGGCGCAGCCUGUCAAGUUGAACAGGAAGGACGUCAGGCGCGGGAACCCUGACGCCGAUGACGCCGAGGCCCCGCCACCGGUCGGCGUGCGCCCGAUGUUGGGCGCCGACGGCAAGCCGGUGAUAGGCGCCGACGGGCGGACGGUCAUGCUCGACGCCGAGGGCAAGCCGAUCCACACCAACGCGCCGGCCAAGGAGAAGCAGAAGGGCGGGCCGGGAGCCGGGCGGCGCAAGCCGGGGAAGAAGACGCGGCAGGUGUACAAGGUGGCGGACUCUGUGCGGGAGCUGAGGAAGGAGGAGCGAUACCCGUGGGUGAUCGAAGACGGCGCGGGCCAGGAGCUCUGGACGGCACAGAUGGACGAGGUCGCGAAAUCAGAGAACCAUGGGAUGCUCAUGCCCGCGGGGAACAACUCCUUUCAGUUCGUCCCCGCACAUCGCUGGUAUCGCUUCCACAAGAAGGCCGCGCACGCCAUUCCAAACCUCGAGACAGCCGAGAAGAUGAUGGCCAGCAUCACAAAGAACAAGGACCCCGAGCGCUGGCUUCUUCGCCGUACAGGCAAAUCACAGCUUGACGCCACCACCGCUGCCGCCUUCAAACAGGAGCCCAUCGAUGCAGGCCCCUCGGGUAGCGGUCCUGGUCUGCGUGUCAAAGAGGAACCCGUGGACGACCUCUUCGGUGACGAUGAGGAGGGCGGCCGCCGUCGUCGGGACAACGAUAUGGACGCCGACUACGAUGAGGUGCCGUACGAGGAAGAGUUUCAAGACGACGAGGAGAAGGUCGGGCUGUACGAAGAUGACGAGCUGACAAAGGAGAUGGAGGAACGCCUACAGAAGGAAUACAUGACGGCGAACAAGCACCGCGAUGAGAACGUCGUCACCGACGACGAUGAACCAGAGCAAGGUCCGCGCGUGAGCAAGUCCAUGCGCAAACUCGUCGGUCGGCACGAGAAGAACGACCUCUACGGCUCGGACGACUCGGACGAGAAUCCGUACGCCAGCGAGGAAGAAGAAGAGUCGUCUGACGAAGACGUUGUCACUAACGAGCCGGCUGUCAAGGCACAACCCGUCCCUCAUCGCGCAGGCUCCCAAACCCCUCGUCCGCCUACCAAUGGUACGACUUCCCGUCAAACCUCGCCCAAGCCUGCUACACCCUCGCAUGGCGGUCACUCUCUGAUCGCACAGCGCGCAACCAGCCCCAAGCCUCCGCGCCCGAAGAUAUCCACGAGUGGUGGCAGCCGUGCAACUAGCCCCCUCGCCACCAGCCCGACCUCUCCCCGUUCGCCCUCUCCUACGAAAGGUAUGCCCAACGGCACCUCCGUCUCGAACGGUAAACGCAAGGCGGAUGACUCGAGCCCUACCGCCGAAGGCUCAGAGGCGCCGCAGAAGAAGAAGCACCGCGCGGGCGCCGUAGCUGCUACUGUCGACGCGAACGGCAACCCCAUUGAGCUUAAGAGGGAGAUGGUCAUCGAAUGGCUCCGCGGCCAGGAAGGCGCCACUACGAGAGAUUGCAUCUCGUACUUCACGCCUUUCCUCCGAGAUGCCGCUUCCAAAGACGCCUUCUCACAGCUUGUGAAGGAGAUUGCGAGUCUGCAAAAGGGGGUGCUUACACUCCGCAAGGCGUAUCGUGGCGGAAAGAAGGCCUCGAGCUCGUCCCCCGCGCCUGGUGGGUCGAGCCAAGGAAUGGAUACUUCCGCUUGA